CCUUUUUCCCUAUUUUAUUGCACUACGCCAACUCGCUCAGUUCUGACAGUCUCUCUGCUCCAGUCUAGGACGGCUCUGCCCUUCCGCUCUCCUUCACCUUUGCACACAGUUAGAUAAGAACCGGCAUCAUGUCCAUCCUGAAGAUACACGCCCGUGAGAUCUUUGACUCCCGUGGGAACCCCACGGUGGAGGUGGACCUCUACACCAAGAAAGGUCUGUUCAGGGCAGCGGUGCCCAGCGGCGCCUCCACCGGCAUCUACGAGGCCCUGGAACUGCGUGACAAUGACAAGACCCGUUACCUGGGCAAAGGAGUGAAAAGAGCCGUUAAAUAUGUUAACGAGUUCUUGGCUCCGGCCCUGUGUAAUCAGAACGUGUCCGUCCUGGAGCAGGAGAAGGUUGACAAGCUGAUGCUGGACAUGGAUGGCAGUGAGAACAAGUCCAAGUUUGGUGCUAACGCCAUCCUGGGCGUGUCCCUGGCUGUGUGCAAGGCCGGAGCAGCAGAGAAGGGCGUCCCCCUGUACCGCCACAUCGCCGACCUCGCCGGAAACCCUGAAGUCAUCCUCCCUGUCCCUGCGUUCAACGUCAUCAACGGCGGCUCCCAUGCCGGCAACAAGCUGGCCAUGCAGGAGUUCAUGAUCCUGCCUGUGGGCGCCAGCAGCUUCAAGGAGGCCAUGCGCAUCGGCGCCGAGGUCUACCACAACCUGAAGAACGUCAUCAAGGAGAAGUACGGCAAGGAUGCCACCAACGUGGGCGACGAGGGCGGCUUCGCCCCCAACAUCCUGGAGAACAAAGAGGCCCUGGAGCUGCUGAAGCUCGCCAUCAGCAAAGCCGGCUACACCGACCAGAUCGUGAUCGGCAUGGAUGUGGCCGCGUCCGAGUUCUACAAGGACGGAAAGUACGACCUGGACUUCAAGUCCCCCGACGACCCCAGCCGCUACAUCACCCCCGACCAGCUGGCCGACCUCUACAAGAGCUUCGUCAAGGACUACCCAGUGGUGUCCAUUGAGGACCCCUUCGACCAGGAUGACUGGCAGGCCUGGACCAACUUCACCGGCAGCACCAGCAUCCAGGUGGUGGGCGACGACCUGACGGUGACCAACCCCAAGCGCAUCGCCAAGGCCGUGUCGGACAAGGCCUGCAACUGCCUGCUGCUGAAGGUCAACCAGAUCGGCUCUGUCACCGAGUCCCUUCAGGCUUGCAAGAUGGCGCAGUCCAGCGGCUGGGGUGUGAUGGUCAGCCACCGCUCCGGAGAGACAGAGGACACCUUCAUCGCUGACCUGGUCGUGGGACUCUGCACUGGCCAGAUUAAGACCGGAGCACCUUGCCGAUCAGAGCGUCUGGCCAAGUACAAUCAGCUUCUCAGGAUUGAGGAGGAGCUGGGAGACAAGGCGCGCUUUGCUGGCAAAAACUUCAGGAACCCCCUGGUCAACUGAGGAGAAGGCGCGUCACAGGGCCCCUGUUCCCAUCGCGCACACACACUCCCACACACCCAACCCAGGCUAGGUCGCUUGUGUUUCAGAUGGAAGGGCAGCUGGAACGAGACGCAUUAAUCCAAGGUCCAAGUCAGUAGGCUGUCGCGAGGAACCCCCCCCCCCAACCCACACCCCAUUCGUCGGAACCUCUGCCCUCUAGGUGUCGGCUUACGAAUAGCACUGCUCCUGUAACGAUGUGUACCCCUUUUUUUGUGUUUCGCGUGACACUUAAUUUUUGUUUCGUUUCGGUUUUUCAUUUGGCUAGCGAGUUUUUUUUGUGAUUCCUGGGUCCUCUCCUGAAGUUCUGUAUUUAGCAAAGAGAAAAGUCUCUUGUGUGCAAUGCGUCACUCUGUUGAGCAGUUAUAGUGUUACUGUAUGCGUGGCAGAAGAUUAAAAUAAUAAACCUUCCUCCCUGAAACAGACAA